AACAUUAGCGGGAGGGCGGGGUGUAUUAUAAAAAGUAGCUCGAGUCACCUCCAGCCCUAUACCAUAUCAAUGAGGGGUAGGGCUGGAGGUAACUAGAGCUAUGUCAAGAGGUACAUAACAUUUUCAAAACAACUGUCUCGUUUUUUAUUUUUUUUACUUAUAAAGAAAAAUACAAGGGGUUAUGUUUUGCCUUAUGUAAUAAUUGUUGAACGGUCCCUUAUGGGUCAAGGUUGAUAACGUUGAAUCUUACUAAUUUACAUUUUGUGGUGGCAAGAUGACGUCUACAGUACCAAAUGUCCUGUUAAAUACUGGUUUCAACAUGCCAGUUGUCGGGUUGGGCACCUUCAAUCAUUCGUUUCGAGAAGAUGAAGUGUACAAAGCGGUGAAGGCAGCUGUUGCUAUGGGAUACCGGCACAUCGACACAGCCUGGGUGUACAGGGCUGAGACACAGAUCGGCCAGGCUUUGAGGGAGAAGAUGGAUGACGGCACUGUCAAACGGCACGACUUGUUUAUCACGUCUAAAUUGUGGGUAAUAUUCAACAAACCAGAGAAUGUGGAGACAGGCUGUCGAGAGUCUUUGCAUGAACUCGGACUGGAUUAUCUUGAUAUGUUUUUAAUGCACUGGCCCACCGCAUUUCAGGAACCAGCAGACCGUAAAACAUGGAUUACCAGUGAAUUUAUACCAGCAGAUGUUGAUUAUGUUGAAACAUGGAAGGCUAUGGAAAAGUUGGUGGACAUUGGUCUGACACGGUCAAUUGGCGUUUCAAACUUCAGCUCAACACAACUUGAAAGGCUGCUACAAUCUGACAUCAAGUACAGUCCGUCAAAUCUACAGAUUGAAAUUAACCCAUAUUUAACCAACUGUCAACUGCUGGAUUUAUGCAAACAAAAUGGAAUUGUCGUCACUGGUUAUGCACCUUUGGCUAAAGGUGGCAGCACUUAUGUUGGGAAGCAAAUGCCUAAGUUACUGGAGGAAGACAUUUUAAUAAAGAUAGCAUCCAAAUAUGGAAAAACACCAGCUCAGGUAGCUCUCAGAUGGGCAAUACAACGAAAGUAUGCAAUAGUUCCAAAGAGCAUCACCCCAUCACGAAUUAAAGAAAACUUUGAGAUUUUUGACUUUGAGCUUGACCAAAGUGAAAUGGAAGAAAUAUCAAAACUUAACAGAAACCAAAGACUUGUGACUGCAGAUACAUUCAAAUGUCAUCCUGAAUAUCCAUUCCACUGAAUUCCCAGAAUGCAACUUCCUUUGGUACUACAUCUAUCCAACAGUUAACCUGAUGGAAAUACUGCUGUUUAGAUAUUCCAGUACUGUAUGUCAUCACAUGAUUUUAGAACACCAUUAAUAAAUGUGAAUGUCAGUCCGGCAACGUGGUAAUACUGUUGGGUAUUGGUUGGAAUUCCAUCAUUGAUCAAUUUACAUAUAUACAAUUGGUUAGAAUUUAUUUGAACUUAACAAGGAUAAAAAUAUUGAGACUACAUUGUCAUGUUCACUAUUUCCAAUUUUGCUAUUUUACCCAUAGUACUUAUUCAGUAUCUGUUUUCUUUACAUUUACAUGAAAACAAACCCAACAAAUGAUACAUGUAUAUUAUAAUCUAAACUGUAGGAAUAUAACGAUAAAUAUUUUCCACAACAAUCAAUUAGGGAUUUCAUAAUGGAUCACGAAAACCACUUGAAUUAUCACUUCACAAUCACAUACUUUUAAUGCAUGGUCAUACAUUGACUGAAUGAAUGUUUAACGAUACCCCAGGAUAAAAAAUAUAUUGGCUAUUUGGUGUCAAAUACACCGAUGCUAAAACCAAAAAUUUGGAGAUUGGUGGGUUGACUUUUAAAUAGCUUAAUCAAUGUUAUUUAUAUUCCUGUCUAAAACAAAGAUAUAUACAGUUUUGUUUAAAAUUAGUCUUAAAGCAACAUUGGUCUAAAAUUAUACUCGACAAAAAAGAAAGUAUACAUGUAAUAAUAUCAACCUGACAAACUCCAUGGAUGACAUUUUAGGAAUAAAUGCACAUGUAUAUAAU